AUGACUGACCGAUCCUAUCGUUAUCCUACGGCUGGCCGGUCCGCCACAUUCAACAGCCCGGCGCGCAUCUCUCUGCCCUCGGUGGGCGGAUAUGGAGCCUUAUAUGCCAACGAUCCAGAUUACGUCGCUUCGCCUACCAGAUACGCUGCUGCCGCCGCCACCCCCAGAGGCUACACAACAGCUGCAGCUGCCGCAGGCGCUGUCGUGCCGCCGCCGCGAUCGUAUUCUACCGUGAACCCAGAGCCGCGCGCCCCCAGACCGCCGCCCCCUCGUGAACAGAGCCGCAACCGGCGCUCGAACACCGUCGAUGCGUCUGCCCGACCGCCCAUCAUCGUCACGACAAUGCAAGAUCCCCACCGUCCGCACACCUCCUCUGCCCACACUUCCGACGCUCUCGUCCACGCAGGAAGCCCCAUCCGAGAUGCGUAUCGAGCAAGCGAAGGGAGACUCUAUUCGCAGCCAGCGUCGUCUAUAAGAUCCAGGAGCACCGCUCGACCAUACCAUACCUCCACGAACAGUGACGACUUUGGUCGUUCUCGAGAGCAGGGCGAAAUCGUGCUGGCCAGCCGUGAUGCUGAUGCCUAUCGCAGCUCCCGCCCUCAUGUUGUGUAUCCUAGCAACUCUCGGCACAGCAAUGCCGCCAUAGACUACGGGGAUGAGGGAUAUCAGUACACAAACGCCGGCGAGCUGGUUCGAUAUGACUUGGACCAUGGCGUCGCCCCUGCUCCCCGCCAUUCACGCAGGCAUGAAAGCUUUGACAGGGGAUAUUCUCGGCCCAACAUCAACUAUAACGCGGAUCAGAGAAGCUUCAACGUCAACACGACAAUGGAUCCUGGUCGCACAAGCCGACCAUAUGACAGCCGAGGUGGCCCCCCACCCUCAGUCCGUGGAUUUGACAAGAUCAACCGAGCAUAUGACAUUCCGCCACUUGCUCCGGCUCCUCCCAACUCCAGCUCCUCUGGGCAGCUGGAUACGGCUGGGGUUUCUACUGAUCGUCGUACUGCCGGACGCCCGCGUCCUGUGUCACUCAUCCAGGAGUCAGGAUCCCGUCCCGAAGACUAUUACAGAGGCUAUGAGGAUGAUGAGUAUGACCCACGGCGAUUCUACGAUGACAGUGUCACUGCUCGAGGCUUUGGUCUCCGGGCGGCUCAAACAGACGACCUUCAAGACCACCAUGACCGCUACUGGGAUCCAAGAGACGAUCAAGGGAGGGAAGGCUCGGCUAGGAGAGACCACUCUAGGAGGAGGAUAGAGGCUCCCACCAAGGAAGGACAGAGGUCUCACUCCGAUGAAGAGAGAGUAUCUGACCGUGAAAGGGAAGAUUAUUACCGAGGCUACAAGGACAGCCACCUACGCGAGAGACUGGAUGGGCGAAGGGAUGGGGAUUCAGAAGACAGUGACCGAUCUCGAGCCCGAGACAAGGUUGCCGCUGGACUUGGGGCAGGAGCUGCGGCUACUGCUGCCGUAGCUGGUGCCAUCUCGUCAAGCAGCAAGAAGGAAGAGAAGCCCGAGCCAAGUGAGUCGCGGAGACGCCGAGACUCUGACGAGGCUGAGGAGCGCGACCGUGAGCGCGACCGUGAGCGAGAGAGGGACAGAGAGAGGGACAGAGAGAGGGACAGAGAAAGGGAGCGGGAGCGGGAGCGAGAGAAAAGGCGCGAUGAAGACAAGGACCGUCCAGUCGCCAAGGCUGAUGAUGCAAAGGCCGAUGCAAAGGCCGAUGCAAAGGCCGAUGCAAAGGUCGACGCGGAGACUAAAGAUCGAAGCAGGCGAGACGCUGAAGCCAAGUCUAAUGGCGACUCGGCAGCGAUUGUGUCUUCGGAUUCCGAUGAAGGAAGGAAGAAGUCGGCUCGCAGACAUCGCCCCUCUCAUAGCUUCAAUCCCUACGACACUGGAGAUUUGCGUCAAAUCCGGGAACAGCUUGCCGAUAGUGAGAAGGAGAAGGCUGAGCCCAAUGGUAAAGGCCGGUCAUCUCCUCCUGCGAAGGAUGAUCGACGCUCUGAGUCGCCUUCUGGAGAAGAAAAUCGCGGCCGCGACCUUGUUGUCGUCCGUUCUCCAGACGAAAAGCAGGUUCGUGUUGUCUCGCCACCGCAUGAGAAGAAAGAGGACAAGCCUCUCAAGGGCAUCCUCAAGCAGCCAAGCGCCAAGUUCCCGGAGGAGCCCAAUCCAAUCCGUGAAGGCGUAGCACCGCACAAGGAAGAUAAAAAGCUGAAAGAAGUCCCGUCGGGUGCCCGAUGGACCAAGAUCAACCGCAAGAUUGUCAACCCAGAGGCUCUGGACAUUGGCAAGGAGAGAUAUGAAAUCCGCGAUGACUUUGUUAUUGUGCUUCGAGUCUUGAGCAAGGAGGAGAUUCAGACUUAUGCUAAUGCCACGCAAGUCUUGCGAGAGCGGCGGCGAAACAAGGACUAUACCGGCGAAUAUGAAGACAGUGAUCGUGAUCGAAGCGACCGUGAUCGAGAGCACCAUGGUCGGGAGUACGACCGUGAAUAUGAUGAGAAAGAAUACGAUAAAGACUACAGUCGAGAAUAUGACCGCGAUUACGAGCGUGAGUAUGAAGACGAUAGAGGGCGGCGAGGAAGCCAUCGCCAUCGCCGUCAUCGAGAUGAAGCGGAAGGCGCCGAUGCUCGUGAGCGCGAUCAUGACCACGACCGUGACCGUGACCGCGAGAGGCGGCGUCGACACAGGCGCGAUGAUGAAGAAGAAUACGACUCCAGGGCAAGAGACGUAGAGCACCAUCACCACCACAGGGCUCACCGAGAGGUGUAA